CCUGCGGACGUAUAGCGGACCUACUCCGUCUUUAAGACGCCUUGAGGACUCACCUGUGCGUCUUGUGACGUCAGAACCAACAGCCUUCGAUUCCUGGAGAGUCUAAGACCCUCCCAGAGGUCAUAAAGAACUGGACACGGUGAUCAAACUCUCACGAGACACUUCUGGAAAAGUUCAGGAAAGAAAUCUAGUUCUUUGAAGUGCAGCAGGUGUCACCUGAGAUAGGUGCUGUAUGUAGCACGGUCAACUAUGGAUAUAAGAGAACGGACGAGGAAACAGGAGGCGCUGCCGAGGGCUGCAGAAGAAGGAGACACGGACAGAGUGCAGCAGCUGUUAGCGGAGAGAGUCAACCCUAAUGCUGGUGGUGGCUUCUUGCAAUGGAGUCCGCUGAGCCAGGCAGCCUAUAAUGGCCACCAUGAAACUGUAUCAGCUUUACUUUCCGCUGGUGCAGAUGUGAACUCACUGAACGAUAAGAAAUGGAGUCCUCUGCACCUAGCAGCCUAUAAUGGCCACCAUGAAACUGUAUCAGUUUUACUUACAGCUGGUGCAGAUGUGAACGCAAGGACGGCAUUGCAAAGCACGCCCCUGUAUCUGGCAGCGCAGAAUGGCCACCAUGAAACUGUAUCAGCUUUACUGGCAGCUGGUGCAGAUGUGAACGCAGAGGACGAUGGCCAAGAUUCUCCCCUACACAUGGCAGCCUAUAAUGGCCACCAUGAGACUGCAUCAGUUUUACUGACAGCUGGAGCAAAUGUGAACGCACUGGAUGAUGGGCAAUUGAGUCCCCUGCACCUGGCAGCUCAUGAUGGCCACCAUAGAACUGUAUCAGCUUUAUUGACAGCUGGUGCAGAUGUGAACGCACGGGAUGAUACGCUAAGAACUUCUCUGCACAUGGCAGUCCAGAAUGGCCACCAUGAAACUGUAUCAGCUUUACUGGCAGCUGGUGCAGAUAUGAACGCAGAGGACGUUGGCGAAAACACUCCCCUUCAUGACGCAGCUACAAGGGGUCACCCCAAGUGUGCGGAAAUACUGCUGCAGUACGGGGCUGAUGCCAGCCUCAGGAACGAGGUUGGUCGAACGGCGGAGGACAUCGCUACAGAUAAGGACACCUUGGACGCUUUUGCAUACAACAAAGACGAGGGAGAACGAAUCACUCGCGGUAGAAAGGAAAUACUGAAGCUGCUCGAAGAUGAGAAUAAUCCUUCUCAUCCAGGAGGCAGCAGUGUCCCACUAGAAAUACAGCUGCGUGGGCCUGGAAUGCAGCAGCUGUACUUCCAGGCCUGCCGCCAGGGGUCGCGACCGAUGCACAGCGUGCGCGGGCUCGUGGUUGGUCAGUUCAGAUCCGGGAAGACGUGUGUCGUCAGGAGGCUGACGGGAGAGAAGGCUGUGGAGAAUGAACCGAUAACAGACGGCAUCGAGAUUUCACCCAGCGUGAAGACCAAGACUUGGCGGAAGGCAAAAGAGGAGCCAGACGAAUUCAAAGAAACCAUGGCAGAACGCUUAGCGGAACAACAAGAACAGAAAAAAGCACGCACCCAGACAUCGUCACAAACCCAAGGAGCAGUCAGGAAAAAACCUACAGACGCAGGAAAUGCUCAAAACACGACAAGGGAGCAAACGCAGCAAGAGAAACCGCCGAAAAAAGAUACCCCGAAACAAAGUCAACAGACACCAAAAUUGAAGAAAGAAGAUGAGAAAGAAUCAGGGAGAGAAGAAAGUGUGGCCACGACUACGUCACGACAAAUACAACCUCAACAGGUACGCCUGGGUGAUUCCACGGUUCAACAGCAUAAACAGAACAUUCCGGAUGAAGUCAUAACAAAAGCCAGAGAGCUACUCCAAGGUGGCGCGACCGAGGAGCAACUGGGAACAGCCGAACACCCACGUCUCUCCCUCUGGGACUUCGGCGGCCAGGCCACGUACUACGGCUCGCACCAGUGCUUCUUCACGUACCGCGGGAUCUACAUCCUGGUCAUGUCACUGCUGCAGAAGCUGUCCGACAAAGUUCCUGAUCUGGAUUACAAGGCGGCAGCGGACAACCUCGUAACUGGAAGAGACUACUUGGACCACUGGCUGAACUCUGUCCGCACACACAACCUGGUGCACGGGAGGGAGCAGGAAGGAGAGCCGCGUGUCGUCUUAGUCCUCACGCACAAGGACAAGGUCGACCAGUCGGACAUUGAUAAGUACAAGAAAGACAUACGUGAUCACAUCAGUGAUGAGGCCGCCGGUAAACACGUCUUACCAGAGAUAUUUGUCAUUGACAACUUCAACGAGGACAACAGCGACAUUGACGAGCUCCGAGAAUACCUCCGUAAGGUGGCGAAGGGUCUGUGGUUCAUGGGCCAGGAGGUCCCGAUGACUUGGCUUCACCUGAAGUCCAAACUGAUGAACAAGAGGAGAGAGGACGAACCAUUCUGCCGUUUCCAAGAUGUCAUAGAUCUGGCCCGGAGUGAUGACGUGGACAUCGCGGAUGACAGCGUUGUUGCCGACAUUUUGACAUUCCUGCACGACCUUGGUGACAUCAUCUUCAUCAACGAACCCGUUCUUCGUGAUCACGUGACGCUUCGACCCCAGGUGAUGAUUGACGUCUUUAAGACCAUCAUCACCGUCCCUGAGUACCAGCAGGAUAGGAGCAUAGAUGGGGAGGUUGCCGAGAUGUGGAGGAGGCUGGAGAUCGACGGCAUCCUCAGUGACCGGCUGUUGACAAUCAUCUGGACCAAAGCAGAUCAGAAGAUGCAGAAACCUUUCCUACUGCGGCACAAGCCCUUCCUGAAGCGACUGAUGGAAAAGUACUACCUACUCUGCAACGCCACUCCGAUCGGUGGGUUUGGUGACACAGCGGACAAACCUGAGAAAGAAGAGAUCUACUUCGUACCAUCUCUCCUGGCCGCAAAGCCUGACGACAGCACCUUGUAUCCAGGGCACAUGACGAGAUGCCAGCAUCCUCUAUAUGUCGUAUUCGACAACAUGUUCCUGCCAAGUGGCAUGUUCUAUCGUCUUCAAGCCAUCUGUGUACGCAGGUUCGGCUUUCAAGAGUCCCACGUGUUCGCCGGCUGCGGUCGCUUCCCUACCGAUGAUGUGAAGCAACAGUUCGUGGUAACUAAAGUGAAGCACUACCUGAAGGUGGAAGUUCUGUCGGCUGAAGCUGAAGACCAGACAGAAUUCACAGAGGGUCUUCCUGUUAGAAAGUUCCUCAGCAGUUGUCUCUUCGAGAUCAAGGAGAAUUGGAUCCCGUCCAUCCAGUAUAACUGGUGCUUCGGUAAGGAGACAGGUGAAGAAACAGGUACACCAGUAUUCCACCCACUGCCUGAAAUCGAACAAGAAAUGGCAACGGGGUCAAGUCGUUUUCCAGAAGACUUCAUCAAUGUCUGGAUUCGUGGCAGAGGUGAUAAGACAACGUCCUGUGCAGAGAACUUAGGAGGUUCUGGACCGGUGAUAAUAGAGCCCACGCCUAGUCAAGCUGACAAGGAAGCACUCCACACGAUCAGACCCAUCAGACCCAUCCUGGACUAUUUGGAGGCAUGCAGAGGCCUGAGUCUGGCGGAGGUUGAUCGGAUCAGACACGAGCUCACAUCCGUCGGUAGGUGCAAAGAGUUGGUUGAGACCGUCAACAGGGCCGGAGACAUGUGCCGUCGCUUGCUGGGCGCGUCCGUGGAAGUGUGUCUACCUGAGAGAGCACAUAUGUUUCUCCGAGAAGAGAGAGGGGAUGAAAUUGUUCUCCUACACGUUGGAGACUACAAUGACAAGCUCGUCCAGCCACUAUUGAAACAGUUAGUCCAGUCCUCCAGCAGGUACGGUGUAACAGUGUCUGAAGACGUCGUCAAACCAGAAGAAAUCAUCACAGACAAACUCUUGUGUCAUCUUCUUACACGGAACGUCAGGAUGGUCGUACCAAUCAUCACACCGCAGACUCUCCACAGCAGACACUGGUCCACGCUCGGGUACGAAUUCUGUGUACAGAACAAGAACCUGGUCAUUCCGGUCUUCGCGUACCCUGAAGGAACCAGAGAGCGUUUGCUAGAGGUGCUCGACAGGCGCUGCGCAGGGAUGUUGGAGAUGGCAGCAACAGAAGUACCAAUGACUGCAGAACCACUGUCCAAUACCAAAAUCAGUCUUACUGCUGCACAAAUCCUAAGGAAGGCGUCGUCUUCUGUUGUACUGUACACGCGCCAGAUCACAGCUGAAGGUUGCGCGGUUGUGGAGGAUGGUGUCACUAUCUUCUUUCCGAAAGGAUGCGUCAAGACGGACAAGUUCAUGUCUUUUGAGGUUGACAUACUGCCCACAGAUGGGACCUUGGCAAACAGUUUCUCGGCUGUGACACCGGUACUGACCGUGCACCUUGACACCGAGGAAGACUUUCUAAGACCUGUAACUGUCACCCUGCCCUGGACAUGGAAAAGUACCUGUGACCUGGGCAGAACCAUCCUGAUGAAAAGGUCGACUGAAGGCCAAGGCCGCCAGUGGUCGGUAUUUAACACCGAGGUUCGAGAGACCAAGGACACGAUCACCUUCAAAACGUGUCACUUUUGCAGCAUUGUCGGCGCCAAGAAAAAAGACAGCUAUACAGAAGCCUCCACCUCUGCUGACACUAGUACAGAAAAGCAGGACGAAGCGGCUAAUCAAGAGGCACCCAAAGCUAUAGAAGUCCUUGUAACAAGGUACAAUGACGACAAAGUGCAUCUCAUUAUCAGUCCCAAUGAGGCAACGACAGACAACAGGUGCAUUCACCUGUUGUGUAUCGAGAAGGGCAUAAAAGUCACGGAGGUCUUCAGAGCAGAUAACUUUAAGACACCACCGCCGUUCCAACAAGUGAUCACCUUACACAAGGAGGAGAAAAUCCGUGUACGGUUUGAUGAGGAAGAGGACGUCAUUGGAAAUCCACGUGACAUUCCACCGGAGCCGCUUGGUAUUCAGUUCGUCUUCCCGCGGCCGCUGGCGAACUGUAACACAAAAUCAGUCAGACUAAGGCUGCGAGAUCCGAAGAAAGGAAAGGGGAAGUUUGAAGGAGCAGUCCAUUUCACACUACUGUCAAAAUCAGGUGAACCAGUGCCAGACCCCAUUCGUCAGAUAAAUUCGGCCUUCGUCUAUCUGCACUCUCUGCAAGACCAGAGGAAAGCUCCAAAACGACGGUCCAGUCAGACUCGCGGACCAAGCGACAGACUCGCAUUGGCAAAGAAAGCAAGGCGAGAUGGAGUCGCUGAAGGUAGGAGUGACCAGGUUUCUGUCAGCCUGCCCUUCUCACAAGCCGUGCAGACCGAGCAAGAGGUCCCAUCCGUUCUGUUGGUUAACGAUAAGUACGGCACGUCUCAUGAAGGUACGUCUACCACGAGCCGUCAGGUGGCGCAGUUUCUUAACCUUCAUGGUGCUACAGUUCAUGCUACGGCUUUGCAAGCAUCUGAAGAAGACAAGCAGUGUGCCACAGAGGAUGGUGUCAUUCUGCAUUUGCCUGUCCAAAGUGCAAGGCAGAAGAAAAUGCCAACUUUGGAAUGGCUGACAGACUACCACAUCAUUCACUACCCAAAUAUACCGCAGGAUCUGAAGUGCAUUGUGGGCCAUGCAGAUUUCACAAGUGAAGCUGCAAAGAGCAUACAAGAGAACCGCUGUCAACAAGCAAAAUUGGUUCUUUUCAACCAUGAUAUGCCAGAGGAGACGGAGUAUUACAGGGGAGCUGAGAAAGCGAUGGCUGCAGGGAAGAAGCUGGAAGACAUCAAUGAGGAUGCCAAGAAUGCAGAUGCCGUGUUCUCCUUGGGAAGAAAAAUCUACGAAUACUUCAAGACGAAGUACAAGUCAAACGAAACAAUCCAACACUUCUUGUUUCUUCCGAGACCAUCCCAAAUUUUUGAGGACAUCUCUGUUAGACCAGGAGGAGGACAGAAAGUCGUGCUGUUUGUCGGGAGAGUGACCGAAGGGGACAAGCUGAAAGGCCAUGACCUCGUAGCACGGGCCAUGGGAGAUGUUGCACAGAAGGUGACAAACGUCGGUUUGCGUGUUCGUGGGAUUGGUGAAAAUGACUGGGAAGAGAGCAAGAGAAUCCUGGAGGAGAACCUGCACAGUGGAAAGAUCAAACCCACACUGCUUCCAUGUGGAACACUGAAGGAUAUUGCUCAGGACAUGCAGCAGGCCCACCUUCUCCUGAUGCCGUCCCGUGCCGAGCCGUUCGGACUGAUCGGUCUGGAGGCCAUCGCAGCAGGCAUCCCCGUACUCAUCUCUGACAAGUCAGGGCUGGCAGACAUGAUCAUGGACUUGAUCAAAGAGGAGAAGUGCCAUCCAGACAUGAGGCACAGGAUCGUGGAAACCAGUGUUAGGGAGUCCGACCUAGGUGAAGAUGCAAAAGAAUGGGCAAAAAAGAUCGUGAACACGUUGAAUCACUCUAAACAUGAAUUCGACAAAGCAGCAGAGUUUAAGAAGAAGCUCUUGGAGUCCAAGUACUGGGAAGAGCAUCACCAAAACUUGCUGAGGGUCUGUGGAUUGACGGAUUGACUUUAGAUCGCGUCUACUUCCACUUAUAUUCCUUAUCGCUGAUUCUGGGCCACAGACAGGUUAAUGCAAUCAGCACUGUGUCAUAGUGUGUAUAUAUGCUCUAAAGCAAAGAAUUUUUUGACGGCGGCCUCAUCUAUUAAUUGCCAUGUUCAUGAUCAAUUUCAAAGAUGUAUUCAUUGGCGCUGACUAUUGUCUCUAUACAGGCCUUAUCUACCACACACAUUGAAAUUAUGGCAAAGUAACCCGUGAAUGUACAUUAGAUGUACAUUGAUGUCGCUAAAUUUUAAAUCUCCUUAAGUACAUCAGAAUGACAAGCUAUUAUGACUAAUAUAUUUACAGUACUUUGUUUUAUAAGAAAGUGUUGCCAAAAGUUUAGAAUAUGAGAGAGAUCUAAAACUAGAUAUAUAGUGUACACUGUUUUAGUUUGGGAACAUAAUGAGUUUUGUAAUCUGGUACUAACCUGAUCAUUGUUUAUCUGUGAUUAAUACUGAUUUGUAACAUUGAAACUGUCACCAAGAUAAGCAUUUGUCAGAUGUGUGUUUUUAUGUUUGCCUCCCUGUAUUUUGAAAAAGAGCUACCCUUAACUUUACCUGU